AUGGGCACAUCAUGUUCUUCUGGCAUACGCAAAGCGAUAAUGGGCGGUGGCUCACACAAGGUGUGUGUAUGCGGAGCCGCGGGUGGAAUUGGACAGCCCUUGUGCUUGUUGAUGGCCAUGGAACCCAACGUCAAGGAACUGGCUAUUUUUGAUGUGAACGUGGCUAUGGUACCUGCGGAUGGUGUUGCAGAGGACUUGGGCCACAUAGAGAGCAAGGUGAAAGUGACAGGAUAUUCCUUGGGAGUUGACCAACCUCCCAAGGUGCACCUGAACGAGUGCCUCUCAGGUUGCAGUUUAGUGCUUGUUGCGGCUGGCAUGCCGCGAAAGCCUGGGAUGACACGGGAUCAUCUCUUCAAGGUCAAUGCUGAUAUUGCCAAAGGCAUCGUAGAAGCCUGCGCAAAGUUUUGCCCGCAGGCGGUUGUAGCAUUGAUUGUAAAUCCUAUCAAUUCCAUUGUUCCAGCAAUGGCGGAGCUCUACAAGAAAGCAGGGCUAGAUCCAAAGAAGAUCGUUGGAGUCACAACUUUGGACUGCGUCAGGGCCAACAAAUUUGUAUCUGACAUUGUGGGUUGUCAUCCCAGCAAUGUGGAAGUCCCAGUGAUUGGAGGCCAUGAUGGCAUUACUAUCAUGCCAGUCUUCUCACAGGAACCUAUGGCAGCAAGGAUUGACCAAUCUGCCUUAGAGGCCCUGGAUAAGAAGACUCAGGAUGCUGGCACUGACGUGGUGAACAAAAAAAAUGGCAAAGGAUCAGCGACUUUGUCCAUGGCCUAUGCAGCUGCACGUUUUGGAAGAGCUGUGCUCUCCGGAAUGUCGGGCAAACCUGCUGUCGAGUGUGCCUAUGUCAAGUCUGAGGUCACUGACCUGCCGUAUUUUGCUUCUCGGGUUGAGUUUGGCAGAGGCGGUGUUUCUAAGGUUCUACACUAUGGAAGUCUUAACAACUAUGAGAAGGGACGGUUGGAGGAGGUCAAGGUUCAGCUGAAGUCAGAAAUCCAGGCUGGUCUCAAAUAUGCGGCGCAUGGGCAACUUGGGUGA